AUGUGUAAAAUUCGUAAUAAAUUUAUGUCACAAAGUAUACCAAGGUUGCAAGAAAGAUUAACGUAUGAUAGGAAUUGGAAGGAAGGCGAUAAUAAGCUUAAUGAAUGCAAUCCAGCUUUUGGUCCUGAAUUUGUUGAAAUGAUGAAUGAGGGUACCUAUGUUAAUAAUGUAAUUAUUUCUGCAAUCCAUACUACAUUAUUUGAUAACUCUUUUAGAGAACAUGCAUUCAUUACUAUUAUAGCAAGUUCAGAUAGAAGGAGUGAUGGAUGUACAGGAAGAUGGCCAUAUAUAAUGCUUGUAUCAAAAGAGAGAGAUAAACUUUACGAAUUUAUAUAUGUAGAAUGCUCACAAAAUUUUUGUAAUAAGCAGAAAAAAGACGAUGAUAAUGUGAAAUUAUGA